AUGGCGUCGGACGGACAGGAAGAUGCUGAUGAGGCGAUGGAGCUGUGGCUGCCCUUUGGAACGGCGGCAGCGGCUGACGAGGAAGAUCAGGAAGCAGAGGAUGAUUUGCAUGAGGGGUUUACCGCUGAGGAGUAUAGGACGACCUUGAAGGUGCUGGCGGUCUUGGCUUCGGAUCUGGAUCGCUACGCCAGCCGCACGUACAAGGAGCUGCGCACGACGCUGCGGCCGAUCGUGUCGCACGACUCGGGACGCAACUUUGCUGGCUUUUCCUGGGACGAGUACAAGAGCAGCAAGCAUCGCAAGCAGGAAACCAACUUUCGCCGCAUGAAGCAGCGGCAGAUGGAUCAAAAGCUGAUUGAGAGCCGGCGCCUCCGAGCCCAGCGCCUGGACGCCCUCCAACGCAUUCAAGACCAGGCUCGCCAGCACGAGCUCGAGCAUGUGGCCGUCCCAGACGGACCCGCUCUCUCUUACUCGGAGCAACUGGCCCUUACCGAAGCCUCGGACCCGCCUGCUGAAGAGACGUGCUCCCUCGAGCACAUUCUCCGUAGUUGCUACAUCUGCAAAGCUCGUUAUCAGGAGCUGCACCAUUUCUAUGACCAGCUCUGUCCUGCGUGUGCGGCUCUCAAUUGGGAAAAGCGCCAUCUCAAGGCUGACAUGAGCGGUCGCAUCUCCCUCGUAACCGGCGGACGCAUCAAAAUUGGCUACCAGAUUGUCCUCAAGCUGCUUCGCGCAGGCUCCCACGUCAUUGUGACGACUCGCUUCCCGCAAAAUUGCUUCCAGCGCCUUGAGCAGGAGCCCGAUAGCGCCGCCUGGCUGGAUCGGGUUCAGAUUUAUGGCCUCGACCUGCGCAACCUGGCCGCAGUCGAGUCGUUUUGCACGUGGAUGCGCGAGCAUCACGAGUGGCUAGAUGUCAUCAUCAACAAUGCGUGCCAGACCAUUCGUCGUCCUCCGGCCUACUACCGUCACCUGCUCCAAGACGAAGUGAGCCCGGCAGCCCUGCCACCGCAGGUGUGCCAGAACAACGUCAUGAUUAGUGACAUGUUGGCCCAGCUUCAGCUCGGCCCCGCUCCCGAGCCUCCCACCCCUGAACCUCCCACCGCCACGAGCGCCGCCCCCGCCCGGCUUGAUGCGGCCUCUCUACCCCACUCGGCCCUCGCUGCCCUCAGUACCCAGAUCCCCAUGACGCUCGAGGACUAUGACGACAACGUCGAGCACUUUCCCACGGGUCUGACCGAUGUCCAUGCCCAACAAAUUGACCUCCGGACCAAAACGAGCUGGGUUAUGAAGCUCGAAGAAGUUUCCACCCCUGAGGCCGCCGAGGUGAUGGCCGUCAACGCGCUAUCCCCCUUUGUGCUCAACGGCAAGUUGCGGCCGUUGAUGGUGCGCUCCCCACACGCCGACCGCUACAUUGUCAACGUUUCGGCUAUGGAAGGCAAGUUUUAUCGGUUCAAGACGCCCAACCAUCCGCAUACCAACAUGGCCAAGGCCGCGCUCAACAUGAUGACGCGCACCUCGGCGGCCGACUAUGCUCAGGCGGGCAUCUAUAUGAAUGCGGUGGACACGGGCUGGAUCAACGACGAGAACCCGUUGGAUAAGGCCGUCCGCAUUGCUGAGGAGCACAACUUUCAAACGCCAAUCGACGAGGUGGAUGCCGCUGCGCGAGUCGUCCACCCCGUCUUUGCCGGAGUCGGCAGCGGUGAGCAGCUCCAAGGCCUCUUCCUCAAGGACUACGUCGAAACGGCCUGGUAG